UCAUCCUCGAGCUCAGCCUCCGUUCCCAGACUAGUUCUCACACACUAUUUACUACGACUUGAAAUGUGGCACAACGGUCUGUACUGGAAUACUGCUCUGUGACAACUGGAGGAUUUUGCGCACACGCCGUGUUGGUUUUCCAUACGAGGAGAGAGAGAGAGCGGAAAAUAUACUUUUGCCAUGACAGUGGAUUUGUUGACGAUUUUGUGUGUAAUCACUACGGUGGCUGCAGUAGAAGAAACCGUGAUGGACACUCGCACGGCAACAGCGGAGCUGGGUUGGACGGCAUACCCAGGAUCAGGGUGGGAGGAGGUGAGUGGCUACGACGAGAACCUCAACACCAUCCGCACGUACCAAGUGUGCAACGUCUUCGAACCCAGCCAGAACAACUGGCUACUGACCACUUUCAUUGACCGUCGGGGCGCCCAGCGCAUCUACGUGGAGAUGCGGUUCACCGUGCGCGACUGCAGCAGCAUCCCCAACGUCCCCGGCUCCUGCAAGGAGACCUUCAACCUCUACUACUACGAGACGGACUCGGUCAUCGCCACCAAGGGCUCGUCCUUCUGGAUGGAGGCGCCCUACCUGAAGGUGGACACCAUCGCGGCGGACGAGAGCUUCUCGCAGGUGGACUUCGGCGGGCGCCUGAUGAAGGUCAACACGGAGGUGCGCAGCUUCGGCCCGCUCUCGCAGAACGGCUUCUACUUGGCCUUCCAGGACUACGGCGCAUGCAUGUCGCUGCUGUCCGUCCGCGUCUUCUACAAGAAGUGCCCGAGCGUGGUGCAGAACUUCGCCGUCUUCCCCGAGACCAUGACGGGCGCCGAGAGCACCUCGCUGGUCAUCGCCCGCGGCGUCUGCAUCCCCAACUCCGAGGAGGUGGACGUGCCCAUCAAACUCUACUGCAAUGGCGACGGAGAGUGGAUGGUGCCCAUCGGACGCUGCACCUGCAAGGCCGGCUUCGAGCCCGACAACGGCAACGUCUGCCGAGCCUGCCCCCCAGGGACGUUUAAGUCGAGUCAGGGGGAGGGCCUGUGCCUCCAGUGCCCCCCCAACAGCAGGUCCACCUCGGAGGCGGCCACCAUCUGUGUGUGCAGGAACGGCUAUUACCGCGGAGACACUGACCUGCCUGACAUGCCCUGCACCAGUGUCCCCUCUGCGCCACGCAACGUCAUCUCCAUCGUCAACGAGACGUCGGUGAUCCUGGAGUGGCACUCGCCGCGUGAGACGGGCGGCCGCGACGAUGUGGUCUACAACAUCGUGUGCAAGAAGUGCCGCGCCGACGGCCAGUCGCACUGCUCGCACUGCGACGACAACGUGGAGUUCACGCCACGGCAGGUGGGCCUGACGGAGACGCGCACGCUCAUCAGCAACCUGCUGGCCCACACCGUCUACACCUUCCAGGUCCAGGCCGUCAACGGCGUCAGCAACAAGAGCCCCUACCCGGCCCAGCACGUGGCCAUCGACAUCACCACCAACCAGGCCGCUCCCUCCAUCGUACCCAUCAUGCACCAGGUCAGCUCUACCAUGAAGAGCUUCACAUUGUCAUGGCCACAGCCUGAACAGCCCAACGGUAUCAUCCUGGACUACGAGCUCCGCUACUACGAGAAGGAUCUGACGGAGGUGAACUCCACCAUAGUGAAGAGCCAGACCAACACGGCGCGGGUGGAGGCCCUGAGACCUGGCACGGUCUACGUGGUGCAGGUGCGGGCCAGGACAGUGGCUGGCUUCGGCAAGUACAGCAGCAAGAUGUGCUUCCAGACCCUGACAGAUGAGGACUACAAGUCAGAGCUGCGGGAGCAGCUGCCUCUGAUCGCGGGCUCGGCGGCGGCUGGCGUGGUCUUCAUCGUGUCCCUGGUGGCCAUCUCCAUUGUCUGCAGCAGGAAAAGAGCCUACACCAAGGAUCCUGUGUACAGUGACAAGCUCCAGCAUUACAGCACUGGACGAGAACUCUCUUUGAGACCAGAUCUGACUAACUGCCACUCCCCCAUCGGCUGCCCGACCCACUUCUCAGGCUCCCCGGGGAUGAAGAUCUACAUCGACCCCUUCACCUACGAGGACCCCAACGAGGCUGUGCGCGAGUUCGCCAAGGAGAUCGAUGUCUCCACCGUCAAAAUCGAAGAAGUCAUCGGGGCAGGGGAGUUCGGGGAGGUGUAUAAGGGCCGCCUGAAACUGCCAGGCAAGCGGGAGAUCUACGUGGCCAUCAAGACGCUGAAGGCGGGCUAUUCGGAGAAGCAGAGGCGGGACUUCCUGUCGGAGGCCAGCAUCAUGGGCCAGUUCGACCACCCCAACAUCAUCCGCCUGGAGGGAGUGGUCACCAAGAGCCGCCCCGUCAUGAUCGUCACAGAGUUCAUGGAGAACGGCGCACUGGACUCCUUCCUCAGGCAAAACGACGGCCAGUUCACCGUCAUCCAGCUGGUGGGCAUGUUGCGUGGCAUCGCGGCCGGCAUGAAGUACCUGUCGGAGAUGAACUACGUCCACCGCGACCUGGCCGCCCGCAACAUCCUGGUCAACAGCAACCUGGUGUGCAAAGUGUCCGACUUUGGCCUGUCACGCUACUUGCAGGACGACACCUCCGACCCCACCUACACCAGCUCCCUGGGUGGCAAGAUUCCGGUGAGGUGGACAUCACCUGAGGCCAUCGCCUACAGGAAGUUCACAUCUGCCAGCGACGUGUGGAGCUACGGCAUCGUCAUGUGGGAGGUGAUGUCCUUCGGCGAGAGGCCCUACUGGGACAUGUCCAACCAAGACGUGAUCAACGCCAUCGAGCAGGACUACCGGCUGCCACCGCCCAUGGACUGCCCUGCCGCCCUGCAUCAGCUCAUGUUGGACUGCUGGCAGAAGGACCGCAACGCCCGGCCGCGCUUCAACGACAUCGUCAACACGCUAGACAAGCUCAUCCGCAACCCCACCAGCUUGAAGGCAAUGGCCAGCAUGCCCCCUGUGCCCUCACAGCCCCUGCUGGACAGGUCGGUGCCGGACUUCAACACCUUCAGCUCGGUGGAGGAGUGGCUGGCGGCCAUCAAGAUGAGCCAGUACCGAGACAACUUCCUCAACUCCGGCUUCACCUCACUCCAGCUGGUGGCACAGAUGACCUCAGAGGACCUGCUGAGGAUAGGCGUUACGCUGGCCGGCCACCAGAAGAAGAUCCUCAGCACCAUCCAGUCCAUGACGCUGCAGGGCAGCCCGUCACCCACUGCCCUGGCAUGACUACAGCAGACACCCGGCGACGCCAUCGGGACAGGGUCAGGGUCGAGGACGGGGACAAUGGGCAUGGGGACCGGGAGCAGGACCGGGAGCGUCCGCCGGAGUCGCCCGCGCGCGACCCCUGACCUUUCACCUGAGCACGCCAGGGUGGAGACUAUCAUCUUAAUCUGAGGAGCCGAACCGCCACACAUCCUGAAGAAAGAGAGAGAGAGAGAGAGAGAGGAGAGGAUAGGGGGAGAGAGAGAAAGAGAGAGGAGAGGAGAGGAGCCCUUUCAUCUCAAUGGGACGAUGACCCGCUGGAAACAACACACUCCAAACACAAGGGGCGGCUGUGCUUUCAGCUAGCCAGCCAGCCGGCCAGCCUCGCCAGUGGGCCAACCAGCCUCGCAUCUGUCCCCAACCCAGCCAGGGACAGACUGAAAACACAAACAUCAGGAGCAUCAAACACCAUAGGGUUGUCCACAGCCAGGAGGGAUGUGUGCAGGCUGAUCAUCGACAGGAGGAGAGAGGAGAGGAGAGGAAGUGCUGAUUUUUUGAGCUCCCCUUUAGUCUUUAUUUGCUCCUGAUACUCUUAAUGGGUUGUUUUUUGGGCAGCAUCAAAGAAAUAUGAUGCAACAAGGAAAGCUUCAUGUUUGUCCAUUUGUACAAAAAAAGACAGAUACCUCUUCAGUCUUUCCCUUUCACUCUUACACUACCUGUCUAGUCGAAGGAUUGUGGGCUUUGCCAAAGGACUCUUCAAAAGUCCACAUCCAGAUUUUAGUCAAUUUUAGGGGGUGGGUGGGAUAUACAGUAUAUAAAUAUGUGUGUAUAUCUCUGAAUAAAUAUGAAUAUAUCUUCAGAAAUAAAUCUUCAUAUUGAAGGUGACAUGUAAUGAAUAUAUAUGUACAUACUGUCUCUGCUUGCAUUUUUGGGCAAAGACAUGUUGACUGGAGUAAAAUGGACAUUACGAUUACUAAAAUGGACAUUAGAGAUGCAAGCCAACGACUGGAGACGAAGCAGAAGUCCUUGUAGACUUGCAUCAGUCAGUGUGAAAGAACUCAUGGACAAAUCUUGGACAGACUGUGGUGGCUCCUAGUCAACAUUGUACAAAGCUGAUAUAGAAGUCUGUAGAAUUGUGUAGGGGAGAAAAAAAAGAUUAUGUUUAAUGACCCCUGCCUAGAUAGUGACUCUGGCCUUGUUCUGACUCUGAUCUGGCUCUGAUGUGGCCCUGAUGUGGCCCUGAUCUGGCCUGGUUUGGAGUUGGUAUAUAUCUGUCUAGGUGCUUAUUGUGGGUGUUCUUCAUGCUGUGCUUCGCUGGCUGACACUCGCUUGUACAGAACCGUAUUCUUUUUAGUGCUUUCUCUCUUGUUUAAUGUCGAAGUGCUUGGAAGUAUUGAGAACAGUGGGGAGUGUCAGGCCAAUGCUGCCCCAAACGCUCUGGUACGUACGUAACUACACGUUGAUGUUGUUGCACUGUUAAUAUACUGUAAUAAUGUUCGUCCUACAGGGUCAACACUAAAUGUCUGGAAAAAAAAUGUUUACAAAAAAAAAAUCUUUUGGUGUCAGAUGCUGGUUAAACUGGAGAGAAGGGGUUAAAACAGCAAAAUGGUCAGUGUUAUUCAGCGUCAGGAAGUGCACACCUUGCUUUUUAAUGCAGAAAAAUUACCUGUCAUGGUAGGUUACCCUCAGUUCCAGUGACAUUAUAGUGAACACGUUUUGGCUAAUGCAGAGGCUCAGAUGAGCACAGCCCCGAGCGGAGCCGCAAACGCAAACACAAACACACACACACACACACACACACACACACGCACACGCACACUAACGUCUGCACGAGAGGAGAGGAACAUCUGGGCAUAGCUCUGCCAGACGCCCAAUGCCAUCCCAAUGAGCGCACUCACUUUAGCAGUUAUAAAGAGCUCUCUCUCUCUCUCUCUCUCUCUCUCUCUGCUGGCCUGGUCCGGUCCAAUCUGGUCGUUCUGGUUGUGUCGCUUGGGACAGGAGUGACUAAGUGCUUUCCCCCACUGUUGCCAUGGUGAGCUAGUUUGCCGUGUCAAAGGGAAUGAGAGGUCUUAAAUUCACUGUGCUCACUUGGGUCCAUCAUCCAAAUACUAUAUAUAUCCCUCUGUAAUAGAUGGUGUCAGGCGCUGAAGUUGUCUAGGAGUUAAUGGGACUCAGGGAGAAUGUUUGCGAUUGUGAGAGAAGUAAAACGAUAGAGGAAGAGAGUGCUAAGGAUGUGUUAACAAGCACUAUGGGUGGGUGUGGUUUUUUGAUAUCCUCACACAGCAGCCUACUCAUUCCUUUAGCCAACCUACACGUCCUCCACCUUCAAUUUCUGUGCCAACAGUUUUUGCUGUUUUCUAUUAAUAUUUUUCGUUUUUUUUUUCCACGCUCCUGGGGGUGUAAGAUGGAGAUGUCCACCUUUGUGCCCCGAGGCGAGAGACUGAUGACAGGCCAUUAGUAGAUUAUUGAGUGUUUUCACCCUCACCUGUGGCACUGGAAGAGAUCCAGAUCAUUCAUUCAGUGGUGUCUGCGUAGCCAAGCUGUCUCUAUAUCUCCGCCUGCAUUAGCGCAGCUAAAGAAUGGCCAGCCCUUCCCUGGUUGAGAGGUGGAGGUGGUGGUGGUGGUGGUGGUGGGGGGGUGCUGGUGAUGGUUGGGGAUGGGAGCAAGUGCAUGAGGGAGUGGAGUGGUGUGUGGGGGUGGUGGUCUUUGCUACCUGCUGCAUCUCCCUCUCACCCCCACCCCUUCACACAUGUGACACACCAGCCAUGAGUGACGGAUGUUCUACCAUCCCCCCAGAUACACACACACACACACACACACACAGAUGGAAGAGUCUGUGUUGUAAUGAAGAGCGAGAGGGCUGAGAACUGUCAGCACAGACGCAGAGCGAGGGACAAGGGAGAGAGAGAAGGGAGAGAGGGAGGGAGGGAGGGAGGGAGGGAGGGAGGAAUAGAGAGAACAAAGAAGAUGAGAGGAGGGUGUGAAUGGAAGAACUGACAGACCCGGUGGGUUUUCCUGGCUGUCUGCUCAACCCCCAGAUUUUAAUGAGCAUCUGACACAAUGAGUGAGUGACACGUCUCGGGGAGCACUCUCACACAAGCCCGUCCAGGACCCAAAGGACUGUUCCACUCGGUUCUGACUGACCCUACAGGGAACGACUUCAAACAAGUUCACACAAAACUAGCAAUCGGGGGUGACCGUCAAACCCCAAGCGAGCUGAUUCAUGGCGUGCAUUUUGUGUGAAUGGGUUGUUAGGGCGGGGAAGGAGCAGCUGAUAUGACAGCUUAAUGAAAAACAUAAAAUGUAUAAUUUAUAUUUAAACGUGUAUGUCGGUACAUAUGAUUUUUUGGGGUGCGCAUGGCGAGAUUGUCAUUACUACAUCAAACGCUAUCCUCCAUUUUUCUUCUUCCCUGAUAAUAUCAUGGAUCUGUCCAUUUUCUCCUCUUCUGUUUUCUUCUGCCACUUUUUGCGGUGUAACAGGGAGUUCUUUCAGUAGCCUACUCAGGCCAUUUAUCUCACUAUGGGGUAAUGGACCAUAUUGAUUCCACUCUAAUUUUCACCCAUCUAUGCCUGAAGCACACUGGCCUUUGCAGGAUGACAUCAGACGGUGAGAUCUGAGGGUGGGGGUCCCUCACUUUAGGCCCCGCAGUGUGUCAGAUCAUUGUCUGUGGAGCAAUACAGACAUCAAGCUAACAUGCUAAUCUGAACCUCUAGUGUGUGAGUGUAUGUACUGUAAGUGUAUUUCUUGUGUGUUCCAGACGUUGGAAUAUACUUGUAUUUUUAGUCACAGAAAAAUCACUGAGAGAGGGAGAGAAAGAUUGAGAGAAGUAGAGAAAGAGAGAGAGGAAGUAGACACUUAAAGCAUGGCAUGGACAAACUCACUGUACAAUACCUACCAAAUGAAGAACCAGAACACCCCCACCCAGUCUACCCCAACUCAGCCCAACCCCCACUUUGUGUCUUUCUGUAUAGUUACACUUGUUUAUUGUGAUGAGUAUGUCAGAGUUUGUAUCUGUAACUUUCUGAGAAAUAUUGUAUUAAAAAAAAAACAUGCACUCAAUAAAAUCCCUUGGAAAAACUC